GACUCACAACAGGCAUCAAUACAAAAUACAAAUCAAUUUUUGGCGGUACGUGGGCCCGAGAGGUUCAAAUACAAAAUACGGUGCUGGCGCUCGUGAUCGGCCAUAGUUUCGAAAUAACUGGCUUUUCGGUGGUGAAUAAUAUGAAGUAAUACAAUAUGCCCGUGUAGCGAAUCGGGGUAUCAAUAGUGAAUGGUGUGGUGUGGAAAAGAAUGAAUUCCAUAGUUGGUUCAGAGUUUGGAUUAUAGGGACCAUAGUGAAAGAAAGCGAAAGGCUUAGCAAGUGAUUGUGAUUUUUAAGUGAUACCUGCCUGUUUCGACAAUCUUCUAUUUGUGUGAUGGCAUCGACAUCUACGCCUCCAACUACAGUUGUUUUCGAAAACGGCACAAUGCUGGGCUCCAUGAGUUGUGAGCACUCCCAUGCAAAGGUCCAGUUCCUGGGAAAUCAGUCACACUUUGUUGUACCGGAAAUAGUAAUUAGUUACAGUCAGAGCAGCAAUAGUAUCUACAACCAUCGAAGUCCCUGUGUUAUGUCGAGCUCCAGCGCACUUAGCAGCGUAAGUCCAACCAUAAACGAGAACGAAUCGUCAGAGGAACAUGCAUCGCUCCUGGAAAUUCGGCAAGGAGAACGCGAGGAAGAGUCUGAAAUUGAACAAUUCAUAUUGAAUCGCAGCACUUCAGAGAGUAACAUACUAGAGUCCAGCUCCUACAGUGAGUUGCAGAUCCCAACUUCGCUGUGCGUUCCAGCAGCUCAAACCCUUGCUCUAGACUGUUCGCGGUCCGACUCAGAAUCCAGACAAGGCAAGCGCAUGCGGCGGAAGGCUGACAAGGCCAAAGCCAAGACGAAGUGCUCUACCAAUGCACUUGGGUCUCCCACGCCCACAGUGACGUCUGUGGCCGAAGGAUAUCCUCCACAAUACACAGCGAUUUUUCUGGACCGUCCCCAUAGAAACAGUGGUGUCCCAGCGAACGCACAGUUGAGCUCAGUCAUAUCAUCGCCGUUUUUAACAGGCAAUCCGAUGCAAGGGACAGGAUCCAACGCGGCCAACUAUUUAGAGUUUCAUCAAUACUGUCAGCAGCGCCCGAGAAUGGGCAACGUGUCACUCGGACAUCUACAUCAGCAUCAUCAUCUGCAUCACCCGCAAAGAAGUCUGUUUGAAGUGGCUGUACCGCUGGCCGGUAGCACCGUGGAAGCCAGCAACAACUUGUUCAGUACAAACAUCAAUAUGUCUAGUGCAGCUGAAUCCUCGGGCAAUCUGGCUGUGAGCUACAAUUUUCGAAAGUGGUUCGCACGUCCUUCGCUGCCUUUCGUAAUAGGAAUAUUUGCACUUGGUGGCGUGGCAUGCACACUUGGCGGCAUAGUGCUUGGGAGCACGGGCCUGAUAGAGCAUUCGACACAGUAUCUAAGUGCGGCUCUCUUGAUGAUUGGCAUUGGGGUCUCGCUGUUGGUGAUAUCGGGCGCCAUUUGGCGUCUGAGUCUCCCCGAUGAUGUCGAUGACUGUCCCUGCUUUCGACGAAUGGAAACCUGUCGCAACUGCAACAGCCCACACUGCAACAACCGCCUUCUUCCCGGCAGCUAUUUGUACCCAGAAUUCCAGCAUCGGCAGCCGCCGCCUUCGUAUCUAACAUCACUAAACGAGUACGCCUUCAUCUAUCAUCCCAGUGCCCAACCAACAGCGGCAGCAGCAGCAGCAACAGCGUAUGCUACACUGGGAAUGAACACUCCUCCGCCGCUUUAUCGUUCGACCUACUCCCUCAACACUUCAGCAUCGAUGGGUUCGCGUACAGUAUUACAACUGCCGCGUACGACCGAUCAUUCAUCUGAGGAUCACCAUCCGGUCUUGCUCAUCCGAGAAGCCCCCAGUCAGACAUCCUUAAAAGAGGUCGAGAUCGAGGACAUGCGUGAGGCUGGAUCUCUAAUGCGUGGGAGGGAAAUGCAAACGCUUUAUAAGGAAGAUGAACUUGACUAGAGGGUGCGUGCUCGCGAGACCAAAUGUGUUUCAGGAAUUAUUCAAUGAUCUUCUGAUUUGACUGAUUGACUAUAUUAACCUUAUUCAUUUAUACAUACAUAUGUACUUACUACAUGUGUACAUAUAGUACAUGUUAUAGUCAACCGAAUCUUUAAAUAAUAUUAUGGGAUAAAAUGUUGUAAAAAAUACGUCCAUAUUUUUGUCCAUACAAAUUACAUAGUCUUUAUUCUCGAAACUUAAUUUUAAGCAGCGUGAAAGCCAAUGAAUAACGUUUAAGUACAUAUUUAUGUGGCUCAUUGAUCAUAUCAAAUGAUAUAAUGCCAAACUCAAAACUUAAUAAACAUAUGAAUAUUAAACAGAA